AUGAUUUAUGUCUCAAUAGGUGCUGCUCAAGUUGAGACAGACCUCUGUGCGACUUUCCCGAAGCCGUCAAGAAGAGAAGAAGCAAGAGCAGUGGCAAUAUCAUUAUCUAUCACUGCCUUCACUGUUGUCGGACUUCGAUGCAUUUCACGAUACCUGGUUGACCACCGACUUUGGUGGGAUGAUUGGAUGAUCAUUGCAGCAACGGUCCUUCUCGCCGCAAUAACAGGCAUCCAAAUUGCGGGAACCGGCCUAGGGUUUGGCUUGCACUACUGGCAUGUCGAACCUUGGGCAAGCACAAGACUCAUUCAGAUGUUCUAUAUUGGCGAACAACUUUAUAUCUUGGCCCAGAUUAUGGCUAAAAUCUCACUUCUGCUUUUCUUCUCGCGCAUCUUCUUCUCUUCUCGAUGGUUCUAUCUUACAACCCAACUCUUUAUUCUGUUCUUGAUUCUGCACGCGGCGAUAUUCCUCUUUCUUGUCAUUUUCGAAUGCACGCCAGUCACCUCAACCUGGAAUCUCGACGAUCCAUCUAGAAAAUGCAUGAAUAUUGUAGCAAUUGGCUACUCUGGUGCAGUAUUCAGCGUCAUUGAGGACAUUGCUAUCCUUAUUCUUCCCAUUCCAGAGCUUCUUCGACUUCAGCUCAGUACCAAGAAGAAACUCUGGCUCAGUCUCAUAUUUGGGCUAGGGUCAUUGUAA